AUGACACCGAGCCGGUGUAUAUAUUUCGGAACCAUAGCGCUUCAUACGACACUCGUCGCCAUUGCAGUUGCGAAGCUCGUCCUUCAGGAAAAUGUGCGCUCUCAUCUCUUGGAAAAACACGAUGGUAUGCUUGUGGCUGGUGCCUUAAAUUCAUCGCAAGGAUUGUGGACCAUCGCUCUACGGCUUUUUCAACUGAUUGGCGUGCAAGCAUUGGUAAUGCAUGUCCUAGCCAUCGCGCUUUCGAGCAGUUUGCUCAACGAUCCUUACAGCCGACACCUGAACGCGAUGUCCCACCUGUGGUCGGUGUUGACGAUCUGCUGUCUGUUGACGAGCGUACUUGCUAUGGUACUUUUCCAACGCUUCGUUGACACAAUGUAUACCUCCAUGCUGGAGUCGCUAUUUGCCACCCUAGAGAUGGUUCAGUUCGAAGUGACUGUGAGCGAUUUUUGGAAUGAUCUCCAAGCACACAAUCGCUGUUGUGGAGUGCUCACGUACACGGAUUGGCAAGGAAUGAUAUGGGAGUCGGCCGAGCAAGAGGCGCAAUUUAGGCGGCUGGUGUCGGGUGACGACGUCGUUCUAGUUCCAUUCAGCUGCUGCCAGAAGAGCAUACAUCAACGGCACCAUUGCAUUGGAGAGCGAAUCAAUCUCAGCUCAACGGAGUUGCUUCGAUACGUUGGGCUUAACACCUCGGAUGUCAUCCAUCACGGCGGUUGCUAUGAUGCAGUUCGGAGCGAUCUCGCGGCUACCAUUCAUGCAAUCGGUACAUUAGACGCAAUUCUCUGCACUCUGCAGUUCAUCACACUCUUUUGCAUGCGAGUCUUGUUUAUGGCCAACCGUAACUCCCUAUCCGCCAUGGAGAAUAUAUAA